UUAAGGCAGCUUGUAAAAUCACUCGAUUCUAUUUUAUUUCCCCCCCCUCCCCAAAGCAUUUGUGUGAGCUGGUGCCGCUGUGGGGCAGAGGCAUUCCGCUGUUCCCAUUAAAGUGAUACUUCAGUGUUUCUGAAUAACAAAAUGAUCAUUUGUAAAUCUGAGCGCUCAGAGCAGAGAACUGCCCUGCUGGAUCCGCGCUGAGCGGUGUAACACGCUGUUCCUUUUGCUACAAGGUUAUCACAGAGAAUUGUUUGAAGGUGCAUCCGAAUGUCACCCAAGAGAACAAGUCUCGGGGCUGCUGCUCCUCAGUUCCAGCCACGUUCUUCACGUAGUAGAAGUAAGUUAAAGCAAUUCCCAGCGGGACCCAAUGGCCUCUAUUCAGUUUCAUAUAAAUUCAGUUCAGAUGCAGCUGACUGCAAACAUGUGUCCACUCCUGACUCCAUGCAUUGCUUUAAAGUGAGAACUCAGGGCUGAGCAGAGGUUGGAAUCAUGGCAGCCUUAUUCUGGGAUCUGCUGCCCCCAGAACUGAACCAUCCCAUGGCAGGGAGGGAUGUGAAGCAUGAAGUGCUGUGUUCUGUCGGGCAUAACAGGAACACGCCUUGUCCUCAGUGUGUGGGUCUCAAGGCCUGUUUACACAAAGGGAUGCUGAAGAAUUAUUACCUUUUGUUCAGGCAGUAUUUUAUUACAUGCAGUUCCAUUAUAGCUCAGCCCUUUCCCCUGCAGGCUUGCUGCAGCACAAUGUAUUUUCUCAUCCGAGCUCUCACUUCUCUCCAAAACGAGGGUCCUGGUGCUCUCCUGCAGGGAAUCAAGGUGCUGGUGGUGGCACACAGCAUCCCCAGACGGCUGUUCCCAGAGUGGAACGUGGCGGUGGUGCCAUCUCCUGUAACACAUCCAGAGGACUCCACACAAUCACAGCCUAUAGAGGAGGUGGUGGCAGAGUGUCUUACAUUCCUGGUCAGCGCAGCAGAAUAUGUGCUGAAAUCCACUGAGGAUGACAGUGAAGCCAGCAGUGACACUCUGUGCACUCUCAGUCCUGAGCUGCUCAUCCCAGCAGGGUCUAUUGGCUUCUUGUGUAAAGCUGAAGAAUGUGAAAGUCCUGUAGAUUUUGUGAGCAUGUAUUUGAGUCCUGUGCAGCCUGCCCUGGAUUCAGGUACGUUGUGUGCGAUUUGGGAACACAGUGGGAUUUGUAGGUUAUGUUUGUUAUAUAGGUUAUAUAGCGAGCUAUAUGACGAUUGCUGUUCCUUGCUCUCCUUUCGUUCACAGAAGCUGUAUGGCCCGUUCCCUUGCACUUAUCUCCCUGAUGCAACGUGUUCCCAGUGGAGCAGGACUCUCAUGGCUCACACACACACACACACACAGAUGCCGGGCUUCCAUUGCAGCCCAUCAGUCAGGAGGAGCCUGAGUCAGUGGAGGUCUUGUAUUGCAGCUCAUGUCCUGCCCAUUUUCCCCCAGUGCUUAAUAAUAAAUUGACACCAGUGAUUUCA